GCCUCUUAUUGCUCUAUGCUCAAAAUUAUUAUAAUUAUUACCUAUUUUUUAAUAACUCACAAUUACUUUCAAAAGUGCUUUUGUUCUGCUAACUGAGUCUGACUGUCAGAUAUAUACAUUUUCAAGCAAUGGCACAUGAAUUGUUUAUGGAAUUUAGUAAAGAAGCUGCUUACAAGCCUUUCCUGAGCGAGGAAUUUGAUGUUCAGCAGCACACAACUCAACUUGUACAAGGAGUCAUCAUUGCAGAGCAUCUCAACAAACUCACUCUUGGUCUGAACCGCGUGGAGCGCGAGAUAGAGCGACAUGUUGGCGACCACUUCGAGGAGCUGCUAGCGCAGGCCGCAGGGAUAGACACCCUCGAGAACAGCCUUGCUCUCAUCCAGGCACGCACACAGACGCUGCAGGCGGGCGUAGAGCGCGUACGGGCGCGUGUAGUGGAGCCAUACGCGCGACUAGAGAAACACACGCGCGUGUUGGCGAGGCUACAGGGUGCAUGCGAGUUGCUACGCCGCAUCAUACGCUCCCUCGCCCUCACCUCCAGACUGAGCACUGAGGUCCAGAACUGCCCUCGGGACCUCGCUAAGGCGGCCACUACCCUCAGCGAGCUCGAGGAGCUGUACAGCGACGGUGGGCUGAGUGGCAUCGAGGUGCUGAGUGGCAGCGAGGAGCUGAUGCGAGGGGCGCGAGUGGAGGUGGAGCAGCAGGCCAAGACCCUCCUCCUUACGGGCGCCGCCACUCACAACCAGACGCAGGUCACUCCCCCAGCAGGAGGCCUGCAUGCAGUGGCUGACGCAGGUCACUCCCCCAGCAGGAGGCCUGCAGGGUCACNUGCUUCACCACGACCUAAAGGUAAUAUAACCCUGGACCCCACCAUCAUCGCUGCUAAUGCUUCACCACGACCUAAAGGUAAUAUAACCCUGGACCCCACCAUCAUCGCUGCUAAUGCUUCACCACGACCUAAAGGCAGUGGGCCAGGGUCAUCAGCUCUGCCGGCGCUGGGUCAGACGACGCAGUUCAGGGCCGCCCUCUGGACCAGCCUGGAGGCCCUCAUGGAUGCUGUCUGCACCUGCUACAACACGUACAGGUGUUGCGUUGUGUGUUGCGUUGUGUUGCAGGUUCUCUCGAAGAAGCGUGACCCAGUAACACACCUGUUGUUCCUAGCGGCCGUAGAGCAGCACUGCGGCAGGGACUUGUUCUCCACGGUCUGGCGCAGCAUCACGGACCACCUCACGCGGGGGUUUGCUGCUGCCGCUCAAGGCUCUCAUUUCAUCAGACAAGCUCUGGAAGUCGACUACCCUAAACUGGUCCGUCUGUAUGGAGACCUCUGGCGCCGCCUCCAGACUCCUGCUGGGGAGAUGCUGGCCAUGGAGUCCUCCUCCACCGCCAUCCUGCCUCCGCCAGGAGAGGAUCUCACCAAAGAAGAUCCAUGGAGACACAAAGGAUGUGAUCGCAAACAAGAUAACGAGGAGCAUGACGAUAAGGACGAUGAGGUGAACAUCUCAGCGGUGGACGCAGGGCUGUCAGAGAGCGUAGCGCGUAAUGUGCUCAAGAGCGUACAGCUGCUCUGUACUAAGAGUGAAGAGCUCAUGCCUGCGCACGGUGACGCUGUGCAAGUUAUUGCGUGCACUUCAAUGUCGAUUAUUUACAGGAACGAGACCCAGACAGACGGUACCCCCCAAUGCUCGCUGUACAUGCGCGAGCUGCAGAGCUUCUUGUCCCGUGCGGUGGCCGACUACAUCGCACCCUUCAGCGCCUCCGCCGUUAUUAAGGACAACGUGGAGGCGGUGGGGCGGCGCUGCCUGACGCAGUUCGUGUGGCACGCGUGCCUCGUGCGUAAAGGGUUGAGAAGUUCUUGGACGCAGUUGGAGGAGGCUAUCACCACCCUCGUGAGCCGAGCCUCGGACCUGGGGGACGCCUACAGGCUACUGAGGGCGGUGCGCCCCCUUCUCUUCCUGACGCCCCAGCACCUGACGCAGGUGUCCAGCAUCGGAGAGCUGCUGCCGCACUCGCUGGUCCUGCACCUGCUGUUCGCCCGCGCACCGCCCCAGCUCAAGAGCCCUCACCAGAGCGCUGCGUGGUCGUCGUGA